AUGCUCCACUUCCGCACACAGGGAUUCAACGGUUGCGCAGUCAAGUACUCCCCCUUCUUCGACAAUCGCUUGGCUGUUGCAAGUGCGGCCAAUUUUGGUCUGGUCGGCAAUGGCAGACUCUUCAUUCUAGAGCUGACCCCUAAUGGAAUCGUGCCAGUGAAAUGGUUCACCACACAAGACUCCCUUUACGACUUGGCCUGGUCGGAAAUCCACGAAAACCAAGUUCUCACGGCAUCCGGUGACGGCAGCAUCAAAUUAUUCGACACCACAGCCAAUGACUUCCCCAUUCAGAACUGGAAAGAACAUGGUCGAGAAGUAUUCAGCGUUAACUGGAAUCUUGUCGCCAAAGACCGCUUCUGCUCCAGUAGCUGGGAUGGCACUGUGCGGAUAUGGUCGCCACAUCGCCAACAGUCCCUCCUCACGCUCCCGACUCACAGCUGCACUUACUCUGCAGCAUUCUGUCCUCAUAACCCUGACUUGAUUUCAUGUGUUACAUCGGAUUCAUAUGUUCGCGUCUUUGACCUGCGUACUCCAGCCUCUGCUUCAAAUCACCUUACUCUUCAGAUACCCAUCCAUGCCUCACCGGCACCCCCUGCAAUUCCCGGACAACCAGGCAUUCCACCGGCGGCGACUCCACCAGCUGAAGCGCUCACACAUGACUGGAACAAAUAUCGCCCGACUGUUCUCGCUACCGCUGGUGUUGAUCGGGCUAUCCGCACCUUCGAUAUCCGGGCUCCGCAACAGGGCCCAAUGGCCACAAUGCUUGGCCAUGACUAUGCGGUUCGAAAGCUGGCCUGGUCGCCGCAUCUUUCGAAUGUUCUUCUCAGUGCUAGCUAUGACAUGACUUGCCGUGUAUGGAGUGACCGGUCAGAUGCGAGCUCGGUUGGUGAUGUGGAUCUCAUGCGUUCUGGUCCGGCGGGUCCGGUUGUCGGCAUGGAGCUAGGACGGAUGGGCCGACACACAGAGUUCGUCACCGGCGUCGACUGGUGUUUGUUUGGAAGCGAAGGCUGGUGUGCGAGUGUUGGAUGGGAUGAGAGUCUCUAUGUAUGGGAUGUGAGAGGCACCAUGACAUGA